GCUGAGUGCAGCCUUUCCUUAUCGCGCGAUAGUCGCUAUGGGAACAUAUUGUAAUUUGCUAUAGUUAGAUUGUUAAAAACGAUCUAUCAAGUAAAACAUGUUAAAAUUUCGUGUUCCUUCAGCAAGUCUUUCAAUUUAUUACAAAAAUAGCAAAGAAAUCUACAUAAUGCGGACAGUUAUAAAGCACAAGACUCGAGAUGCUGGCAUCAGAAAGUGUAAAUGUUUCUUACAAUAAGGUUACGAAGAAGAAAAUAAAAUGAAGUUGGUUAUUUUGUGGGCACUUUUGGCCGUAAUGGUUGUCUUGCCACAAUCAGCUUACACUGAUGAGACUGAAGUGCUUCGUAUUUUCGAUCACAAAUAUCAUCCCAGCAACGAGGAAAUGAAAGACCAUUUGGACAAGGCAAAAUUGGAACAUCAUGGUUUCACAAGAACAGUUGAAACUACAAGAAAAAUAGACCAGAAAGGCAAAAUAACAGUGAAGAAGACGAUCCACUACAAAGUCAUUGACCACUGCUCCAAAGUAGGAAAAUGGGAAAAAGUCUUAGCAGAGCGCCUGCCCAAAGGUUGGACGAAAUGGUUCAAGAAGACUGAGAAGGAGGUUAAAAGACGUAUUGCUGGCAAAAAAACCAAACAAUGUGAAAUUGGUGUGGAGAUUCAUCCUCAACGCGGCUGUGGUAAGGAGAAGAGCAUUACCAAUGGGCGUAAGAAAAGAGGUUUUUGUAUUGGAAUUUGUUGGUACAGCUCUACUGUAGAAAUUCGUCGCUAACUUUGAAAUGAGAUGUUUUUCCCUUAUUUUGUCAUUUGUACUCAAAAAAAGGUUUUGGUGUAAAAAAAUUUCCAUGAAAAUGAAUGUGUAUUGUAGAUAACAGAUUUUACUGUUAUAAUAGUGUGUAAGUCGUUUGAGAAAAUAAAACAUUGCUGUGAAA